AUGCGCUUGCCGGCGCUGAGCCUCGUGCUUUGUGCCUCGUGGUUGACUGUGGUCUUCACGCAGAAAGUGUCACGUUCUGAACAAAGAACCGCUCGUUCGCAGCUACAAACGAAAUCCAGAAUGGCGGCGACAAUGCAGAGAUUGAGACGCGAGCCGCCUAGAGACUGCUCCGAUGCGCCAAAUCUUGACACGAAAAACACAUGCAAAAUGAUCCGUCACAUGGAUCAUAUUGCCCGUCGACGUGCUGCUCGUCAAGCCGCAGUGGGGAACUCAGUGGUCGAGGACACGAGAAGAAAUGGAGCGCCCACUUGGCAACAACCGAUUCCACUGGCUGCGGGUAGUCGUGGUCAAGCCGCCUAUCAUCCCUACGAUUGCAUGACGAUCAUCUGUCUUUGCCCAUUCUUCCGCGGUACCGUACGGAACGGGAAUUGCAUUCUCUCGAAUGGAGCCCCACUGCAGAUGGCUUAUCGAAAAGAGUAUCGAAUGAUGACUGAUGAUGAAAGAAAUCGAUGGCACAAUGCUCUGAACGUGCUCAAGAGAAAUGGAGAAUAUGAUCGAUUGUCAGCUCAACAUUUAUCAGUUGGAACUGGAUCUGGUGCUCAUUCUGGACCUGGAUUUUUACCAUGGCAUCGCGAGUAUUUAAAAAGAUUCGAAAUCGCUCUCCGUCUUGUCGAUCCAGCGGUGGCGGUUCCCUACUGGGAUUCGGUGAUGGAUUGGUAUUUGCCCGACGCUAGAGACUCGAUCCUCUUCUCUAACAUGUUUGCUGGUGAAUCCGAUUACUGGGGAAAUGUGAUUCAAGGACCUUUCGCUUAUUGGAGAACUCUCGAAGGGCGUUCGACAAUCAAUCGUCAAUUGGCGAGAAAAGGACGACUUUUUGAUGAACAACAAAUCAAUAACAUUGUUGCUCAAAACGCUAUUGAGUUCACUCUGGCUUUCACCGCUCCACAAUGGGGAUGCCCUUAUGGAAACAACUAUGGAGCCAUCGAAUACACGCACUCGAACAUUCACUUGUGGAUUGGAGGCGACAUGGAACCACCGUCAACUUCGGCUAAUGAGCCAAUCUUCUUCAUGCAUCACUCGUUCGUCGACUACCUCUGGGAACUCUGGAGACAAUUGAAACAGCCAAGAUGGAUCCGUGAACAGUCAUACGCUCCGGAUCACUGGAGUUGCUCGAAUGUGCAGCAUUUCCGGAACGCUAUUAUGAGGCCAUUCCCCUAUCUUGUCAAUGCUGAUGGACUUGCUAAUGGAUACACCGAUCAAAUGUACCGAUAUGCUCCGAGAGCCACUUGCUCUUUCCAGAAUCCAUCGUGUGGUUCGCCUUAUCUCUUCUGUGACACUCGAGGUUUCCCCCACUGUGUGGCGAAGAUCAAACCCGGCGGUAGCUGUCAAGGCUUUGAAAUGUUCAACGCUUGCUAUAGAGGACGAUGCUGGUUCGGAAGGUGUCAACUCGCUAGAGAAAUCGAGGCGUUGAGUCAAGAAGGGGUAAACGAUGGAGUGGAAGAAGAGACGACUGUGCACUCAAAAAGGCAUCACCACUUGGCAGAGCAUCACACGGAUCGCGCGCAAUCGGCUCGUCGCCGUAAAGCAUUAUCGAUGCCGAACGUUGACGUCGAUUUCGAGCACGAUUUUCCGAUCAGACGUCGUAGAGCCACCUUUGCUCGAGGUGCGAAAACCCUUCGAGUCGAAGGAAACUCAACAAAAGCGAUCGCAUUAAAACAAAAAUUGCAAGAAGUAGCUCUCGUGAAAAAAGUGAAAGUAAAAAUGGCGGCGCCUCUCUUCGUCGAUUGCUACAAUCGUCAUGAAUGCUGCGAAUCGUGGGAGUCCUUUGGUGGAUGUGAUGCGCAACCCGAGUACAUGUCCGUCUAUUGUCAAGCCACUUGCGGUCUUUGCACUCCCGCCUACAACACCACUGACGCAUGCUCUGAUCGCCAUCCGCAUUGCAAGUCUUUCAAGAAGAUGGGUCAUUGCACGAAUACACACGGAAAGAACUUCAUGAUGGAGAAUUGCAGAGCCGCUUGCGGCGUUUGUGAAAAACCUCGUUCAGCCACGUGCAAGAGAGGCGGAAAGAUAAUUUCCAUGCCGAUCACGAAACGCUUGCUGCAACAAAUCGCUGGCUCCGACGAGCCCGAAGUCGUUCGUCGUCUAGCUGUCGUCCGGAGACGUCGUGUC